AGACGCCUGCGGCGACCCCGGAGACACCGGAAGGAGCCGUGGCUACUGCGGGAAGUCGCCGGUUCGGCAGGCGGACACCCCGAGGGCUGCGCUGCGGGGCUGUUUUCCGGCCCUCCUGACGCGACACUGCCCCUCUCCGAGGGCUGAGAAGGAAAAGAGGAGCUUGCGGAGGUGCGGCUGCAGGCCGCUGUUGGUCGCGCUGGCGGGUCCCGCAGGCCAGGCCGUGGAGGUGUUACCUCAUUUUGAAAGUCUUGGGAAACAGGAAAAAAUUCCUAACAAAAUGUCAGCUUUUCGAAAUCAUUGUCCACAUUUGGAUUCAGUUGGUGAAAUAACAAAAGAAGAUUUGAUACAAAAAUCUCAUGGUACUUGUCAGGAUUGUAAAGUCCGAGGACCGAAUCUUUGGGCAUGCCUGGAGAAUAGAUGUUCAUAUGUUGGCUGUGGUGAAUCACAAGUAGAUCACAGCACCAUACAUUCUCAGGAGACAAAACAUUAUCUAACUGUGAACCUUACCACUCUUCGAGUAUGGUGUUAUGCUUGCAGCAAAGAAGUAUUUUUGGAUAGGAAAUUAGGAACUCAGCCUUCAUUGCCUCAUGUAAGACAACCUCACCAAAUACAAGAAAACAGUGUCCAGGAUUUUAAAAUACCCAGUAAUACAACAUUAAAAACUCCUCUGGUUGCCGUAUUUGAUGAUCUGGAUAUAGAAGUGGACGAAGAAGAUGAACUUAGGGCAAGAGGUCUUACAGGUUUGAAAAAUAUUGGAAAUACUUGUUACAUGAAUGCAGCUUUGCAGGCUCUUUCUAAUUGCCCACCUUUGACACAGUUUUUUCUUGAUUGUGGAGGACUAGCACGAACAGAUAAGAAACCUGCCAUUUGUAAAAGUUAUCUCAAACUAAUGACAGAGCUGUGGCAUAAAAGCAGGCCAGGAUCUGUUGUGCCUACUAAUCUGUUUCAAGGAAUUAAAACUGUAAAUCCAACAUUUCGGGGGUAUUCUCAGCAGGAUGCUCAAGAAUUCCUUCGAUGUUUAAUGGAUCUGCUUCAUGAAGAACUGAAAGAGCAAGUCAUGGAAGUAGAAGAAGAUCCGCAAACCAUAACCACUGAGGAGACAAUGGAAGAAGACAAGAGCCAGUCGGAUGUAGAUUUUCAGUCUUGUGAAUCUUGUAGCAACAGUGAUAAAGCAGAAAAUGAAAAUGGCUCUAGAGGCUUCUCUGAAGAUAAUAAUGAAACAACAAUGUUAAUUCAGGAUGAUGAAAACAAUUCAGAAAUGUCAAAAGAUUGGCAAAAAGAGAAGAUAUGCAAUAAGAUUAAUAAAGUAAAUUCUGAAGGCGAAUUAGAUAAAGAUAGAGACUCUAUAUCUGAAACAGUUGACUUAAACAACCAGGAAACUGUCAAAGUGCAAAUACACAGCAGAGCUUCAGAAUAUAUCACUGAUGUCCAUUCGAAUGACCUGUCUACACCACAGAUCCUUCCAUCAAAUGAAGGUGUUAAUCCACGUUUAUCAGCAAGCCCUCCUAAAUCAGGCAAUUUAUGGCCAGGAUUGGCACCACCACACAAAAAAGCUCAGUCUGCAUCUCCAAAGAGAAAAAAACAGCACAAGAAAUACAGAAGUGUUAUUUCAGACAUAUUUGAUGGAACAAUCAUUAGUUCAGUGCAGUGUCUGACUUGUGACAGGGUGUCUGUAACCCUCGAGACCUUUCAAGAUCUGUCCUUGCCAAUUCCUGGCAAGGAAGACCUUGCUAAGCUGCAUUCAUCAAGUCAUCCAACUUCUAUAGUCAAAGCAGGAUCAUGUGGCGAAGCAUAUGCUCCACAAGGGUGGAUAGCUUUUUUCAUGGAAUAUGUGAAGAGGUUUGUUGUCUCAUGUGUCCCUAGCUGGUUUUGGGGUCCAGUAGUAACCUUGCAAGAUUGUCUUGCUGCCUUCUUUGCCAGAGAUGAACUAAAAGGUGACAAUAUGUACAGUUGUGAAAAAUGCAAAAAGUUGAGAAAUGGAGUAAAGUUUUGUAAAGUACAGAAGUUUCCUGAGAUUUUAUGCAUCCACCUUAAAAGAUUCAGACAUGAACUAAUGUUUUCCACCAAAAUCAGUACCCAUGUUUCAUUUCCACUAGAAGGCUUGGAUCUUCAGCCAUUUCUUGCUAAGGAUAGUCCAGCUCAAAUUGUGACUUAUGAUCUUCUGUCAGUCAUUUGCCAUCAUGGAACUGCAAGUAGUGGACACUAUAUAGCCUACUGCCGAAACAAUCUAAAUAAUCUCUGGUAUGAAUUUGAUGAUCAGAGUGUCACUGAAGUUUCAGAAUCUACUGUACAAAAUGCAGAAGCUUAUGUUCUUUUCUAUAGGAAGAGCAGUGAAGAGGCACAAAAAGAGAGGAGAAGGAUAUCAAAUUUGUUGAACAUAAUGGAACCAAGUCUCCUUCAGUUUUAUAUUUCUCGACAGUGGCUAAAUAAAUUUAAGACCUUUGCCGAACCUGGCCCUAUUUCAAAUAAUGACUUUCUUUGUAUUCAUGGAGGUGUUCCUCCAAGAAAAGCUGGUUAUAUUGAAGACCUGGUUUUGAUGCUGCCUCAGAACAUUUGGGAUAACCUAUAUAGCAGGUAUGGUGGAGGACCAGCUGUUAACCAUCUGUACAUUUGUCACACUUGCCAGAUUGAGGCGGAGAAAAUUGAAAAGAGAAGAAAAACUGAGUUGGAAAUUUUUAUCCGGCUUAAUAGAGCGUUCCAAGAAGAGGACUCUCCAGCUACUUUUUAUUGCAUCAGUAUGCAGUGGUUUAGAGAAUGGGAAAGUUUUGUGAAGGGUAAAGAUGGAGAUCCUCCAGGUCCUAUUGACAAUACUAAGAUUGCAGUCACUAAAUGUGGUAAUGUGAUACUUAGGCAAGGAGCAGAUUCUGGCCAGAUUUCUGAAGAAACAUGGAAUUUUCUGCAGUCUAUUUAUGGUGGAGGGCCUGAAGUAAUCCUACGACCUCCGGUUGUUCAUGUUGAUCCAGAUAUACUUCAAGCAGAAGAAAAAAUUGAAGUAGAAACUCGGUCUUUGUAAUUUUUAGGAUGUAGAGAGUUCUAAUGAGGAAUCAUUUUCAUGUCCCCUGACAUGUACACAUGCGAAAACAUUCCUAAAAGCGUGUUUAUUUUCUUUGUUUUUUUUUCAUCAUUUAUCCCAUUUAUUUCUUCUUAGUGGGCAUUAUGGAAGAAUAUAUUAAAAUGUGUAAUAUACCACGGGUUGGUAUAUUUAAUUUUAAAUACUUACCAUAAAGUCUUUCAGUGUAAUUUUUCUUUGAGACAGAGUCUUCCUCUGUCACCCAGGCUGGAGUGCGGUGGUGCGACCUCUGCUCACUGCAACCUCCGCCUCUUGGGUUCAAGCGAUUCUCCUGCCUCAGCCUCUUGAGUAGCUGGGAUUAUAGGCACCUGCCACCACGCCCAGCUAAUUUUUGUAUUUCAGUAGAGAUGCGGUUGCACCAUGUUGGCCAGGCUGGUCUCAAACUCCUGACCUCAGGUGAUCCAUCCACCUUGGCCACCCAAAGUGCUGGGAUUACAGGUGUAAGCUACAGCGCCUGGCCCAGUGUAAUAUUUUUGAAAGAGGAGGGACAAUUGUGAAAUCAGUAGGUUAUCUUUAAUCUUUGUACUACAUGCAGAUCCAUAGUAUCCUUUGUAGUGUUGUAAAUACUUUUACUUUGAAAACUUUUUCAUUACCCUAAAUCACUGUAACUCUGACCAGUCUUUCAGUUCUCCAAAAGCCUAAUUUAAUUGUGUAGUUUUAUCAUGGCUUCAUAUAAUAGAGAGCCUAUUUUAAGUUGAAAGUAGUAGUCAGAAAAUUGUUAAUUUCCUAAAGCUCAGGAAACUAGGGUGUCACUUUUUUUGCACUGCAGCAUAUACACUAGCUUAUUAAAAUUUACAAAAUGUCUUUUUGAAUGUAUCAAGGAUGUAUUUAGUUUGAGUGGAAUUUGUCAGCAAAUAUCAGUAACUUAUUGCCGCUUAUAUUGUACAAUGUUAAACUUCAAUUCCUGUAACUCUGGUUAGUAUUAAUGUCAGUAACUAAAAAACUUAGAGUUAGUUUUAGGGCACUUUUUAUUUUGAGAGCAUGAAGUGUGGAAUGUGUCACUGCGAUUGGUGAUAAAACCAAGGCCACUUGUAGCUUGAUUUUUUAAAUGAAAUAGAUAAAGUCUUUUUGAAUAAUAUAGUAUGCACUGCUGUUUGCUUGAUUAUGUAAUGUCAAAAGUUUAACUAUAUUCCAAGUACGAAAACAUACUGGAUUACAUUGAGGAUGCUGAAUAGCAUUCAUGAUGGCUUUGUUUUGCUUUGGGGCAGCUGUCACCAGCUAAAGCAAUGUUGUUAAAAUUAGCUCAAUAAAAAUGAUUUUAAAAUGUAAAA